AUGUCCGACACGCGAACAUGCUACUUCCCUAACGGCCAGCCUGCUCCGGGAACUGUCCCCUGCACAAGCGAUGAAGUCUCCUGGUGCUGCGGCACAGAUGAUAUCUGUCUGUCGAAUGGAUAUUGCAUGGACGUGCUCCAGCCGUACGUUCUCUCUCGCGGGUCUUGUACGAGCGACAGCUGGGCAUCGGGGUGCCCGUCGUAUUGCCAGGAGAAAGAAUUCAGUACUAUGGGCUGCUCCAUCAUCAACCUCGCUUUCGAGGACGGCGUCGCCACGUAUUGCUGCGGAACGCCGGUGAUCGAUGGCGAUAGAAUCGUCUGUCCGUACGAGUACGACGCCUUCCAGCUCAACGACGCGAGUAUUCUCCCCGGCCGCGCUGUUCUUGCGAAUGUCUCUUCUCUAUCUGCGCCAUCUACAUCUUCAGCAUCCAACUCUUCCACCUCUUUUUCUGGGAAUACAACCACCAACACCCCCACCUCCUCCUCCUCCACAAGCACCUCCCAUGACGUAGCCAUCGGCGCAGGACUGGGUAUCCCACUCGGCCUUAUAGCUAUGGCGUCGCUAUUAUGGGCCUUCUGGGAACGCAAACGCGCGAACAAAUUGUCCAAGGCUUUGAUGGUGGCUGCGACUGCCCCCCCUCCGGGAUACGGGGGGAGUCCCCAGUCGCGUCUUAUGAAUAGUAACUCUAGGCCGUCGGAGUUGAGUGACCAGCGGCAGAAUAUUGAGUUGAUGGGGAGGGAGGUGAAUAACGUGUACAAAUAA